GAUACACAUAGGCUUUUAUUAAAAAAAAAAAGAACAAAGUUUCCGCGGUUUCCCCGCGAACGCGUCCCAAAUUCCCGCCAGAAACCGCGCCUGCUCCAGCGGAGAAGAGGCAACGGCCAACGGCGGUGCCCCCUACCGCCACCGAGUAGUCGGCUCGCUCCCCACCCGAGCCAGUAGCGAGAGGGACAAGAGAGGAAGAUGUCUUCCUGGGACGACGACGAGUCCGCAGCGGCGUCCGCGGCCGAGGCGACGACCACGGACGUGGAGCUGCUCAAGCGAGCCUGGCGCAACGAGAAGGCUGCGCCGGAGAUCCUCCGCUUCGACUCCCCACUCGUCUCCCGCGUCCGCGAGCAGAUCCAGCUCCUCGAGGAGACGCUGGACGAUUUCGCCGACAGCGGCGUCGACGAUCUGGUGGUCUCGCUCUACCAGAUGGACCUCGACCGCACGCUCUUCCUCUUGCGCUCCUACCUCCGCCUCCGCCUGCAGAAGAUCAAGAAGUACACAAUGCAUAUCUCCAGGUCUGACGACCUCCUCAGCCAGCUGUCGCUGCAGGAGCGCCGGUUCGCUAAGAGUUGCGCUGAGAUCAUGGAGAAGCAUCUCGAACAGUCGGUGCUGUCGAAGCUGCCGUAUGGCUAUGACUCGGUUACCAGACAGUCCUUAUCGAGUACUGAGGAUGACAUGGUGCCAGAGCCUCAGCUUGGCACCUUUGUCUUCUGCAAGACUAAGAGCGACGUAGGAGCCUUCCAGCUAGAUGACAUUGGAGAGGAGGUUGUGGACUUAGUUGCCGACGACUUGUACAUUCUUCGGUACAAGUCCAUCAAGGGCCUUGUCGAGGGUGGCCGAAUCGACCUUAUCUGAUGUCAAUCACAAAUCAGUACCUGUAAAAGAGCGAGCUCUGAAAGCAUAACAGCUAAGCCAUACAAGAUAUUAUGAAGCUUUUGGUCCAAGAUUCUUCUGAAUUCUUGGAACGGAUGGAAUCAAGGGCAGGAAUGAUUUGCUCUGUAUCGCCACAAAGAUAACCUGAAUUGGUAAAUACCGUCUAAGUGCAGCAUGUGGCUUAGGCUCCAUAUGUAAGACUCACAUUGGUUUGUAUUUUGUAAUUUGUACAUGAUUGUGAUGGUACCAAACUUAGUUUAUCUAUUUUCGUGGGUUUUCUCUCCGUUUGUUAAUAAAAUCAGGAUCAUGUAGUCCUGGUCAUCGUCAUCAGUUCA